AUGAUCUCCACCAAGGAGAAGAAUAAAGCCCCGAAGGACAGCAUGACGCUCUUGCCUUGCUUCUACUUCGUGGAGUUGCCCAUUGUGGCGUCGUCCAUUGUGUCCCUGUAUUUCCUGGAGCUGACGGAUCUCUUCAAGCCAGCCAAGGUGGGCUUCCAGUGCUAUGAUCGCACACUGUCCAUGCCCUACGUGGAGACCCACGAGGAGCUCAUCCCGCUUCUCAUGCUGCUCAGCCUGGCCUUUGCGGCCCCUGCGGCCUCAAUCAUGGUUGGCGAGGGUGUGCUCUACUGCCUGCAGUCCCGGCUGUGGGGCCACGGUGGGGGCCCCGGCGGGGCAGAGGGCAGCAUCAAUGCUGGCGGCUGCAACUUCAACUCCUUCCUGAGGCGUACUGUGCGGUUUGUGGGUGUCCAUGUGUUUGGGCUCUGUGCCACGGCCCUGGUGACUGAUGUCAUCCAGCUGGCCACCGGCUACCAUGCGCCCUUCUUCCUCACUGUCUGCAAGCCGAACUAUACCCUCCUGGGCACAUCUUGCGAGGCCAAUCCGUACAUCACCCAGGACAUCUGCUCUGGCCACGACACCCAUGCCAUCCUAUCCGCACGGAAGACCUUCCCGUCCCAGCAUGCCACACUGUCAGCCUUUGCAGCAGUCUAUGUGUCGGUGAGUUCAGUCCCCACAGCCUUGCCCACAAGCCACUGCUGGCCCACCCAGGGGGAUGUGGCCACAGUCUCACUGCCCGCCCCCGCCCACCCCCAGAUGUACUUCAAUUCAGUCAUUUCGGACACCACAAAGCUUCUGAAGCCCAUCCUGGUGUUUGCCUUCGCCAUUGCUGCGGGCGUCUGUGGUCUCACACAGAUUACCCAGUACCGCAGCCACCCCGUGGACGUCUACGCCGGCUUCCUCAUCGGGGCUGGCAUCGCUGCCUACCUAGCCUGCCACGCAGUGGGCAACUUCCAAGCCCCACCCGCAGAGAAACCUGCUGUUCCAGCCCCUACCAAGGAUGCAUUGAGGGCUCUGACCCAGCGGGGCCAUGACUCAGUUUACCAGAACAAGUCGGUGAGCACUGAUGAGCUGGGCCCACCAGGACGGCUGGAGGGUGUGCCCCGGCCUGUGGCCCGGGAGAAGACAUCACUUGGUAGCCUGAAGCGGGCCAGUGUGGACGUGGACCUGCUGGCACCACGAAGCCCUAUGGGCAAGGAGAACAUGGUGACCUUCAGCAACACCCUGCCACGUGUCAGCACACCCUCCCUUGACGACCCUGCCCGCCGCCAUAUGACCAUCCAUGUGCCGCUUGACGCAUCACGCUCCAAGCAGCUCAUUAGCGAGUGGAAGCAGAAGUCGCUGGAAGGCCGUGGACUGGGGCUGCCUGAUGAGGCCAGCCCCGUACACCUGCGGGCACCUGCUGAGCCCAUGGCAGAGGAGGAAGAGGAGGAGGAAGAGGAGGAGGAGGAGGAGGAAGAGGAAGAGGACGAAGAGGAGGAGGAGGAGGAGGACGUGGAAAGGCCCAUCCCACCCUCGCUCUACCCCACAGUGCAGGCGCGGCCGGGGCUCGGGCCCCGUGUCAUCCUCCCUCCACGGCCAGGGCCACAGCCACUCGUGCACAUUCCAGAGGAGGGGGUGCAGGCAGGGGCCAGUCUGUCCCCAAAGAGUAGUGCUGCAGUACGUGCUAAGUGGCUCAUGAUGGCUGAAAAGGGUGGGGCCCCUGUAGCUUCAGCUCCACCACAGCCCCGAAUGGCCAACCCACCACGGCUGUUGCAGGUGAUUGCCAUGUCCAAGGCCCCAGGCGGGCCUGGCCCCAAAGCUGCUGAGACAGCUUCAUCCUCCAGUGCCAGCUCCGACUCCUCCCAGUACCGGUCACCAUCAGACCGUGAUUCAGCCAGCAUUGUCACCAUUGAUGCCCAUGCACCUCACCACCCUGUGGUCCACCUGUCCUCAGGCAACACACCCUGGGAGUGGAAGGCCAUGGGCAGUGGGGCCAAGGGGGUGGAGGGUGAAGGUGGGUAUGAGCUGGGGGACCUAGCCCGCAGUUUCCGAGGUGGGCCCAAGCCACCAGGUGUAUCCCCAGGCUCCUCAGUCAGUGAUGUGGACCAGGAAGAACCACGUUUUGGUGUCGUGGCCACUGUCAACCUGGUCACAGGUGAGGGGCUACCUCCACUGGGCACAGGUGACGGAGCACUGGGCCCAGCCAGCCGCGAGUCAACACUGCGUAGACAGGUGGCCCCUGGACUGGGGGAGCGGGAGGCAGCAGAGGCGGAAGCAGAGAGUUACUAUAGGAGGAUGCAGGCCCGAAGGUUCCAGGACUGA